AUGUUUGGCGAGGACUCGCCGAGAAGCAUCCAGCUGCCUGAUAACUUUCUUGUGGGACGAAACAGUCCUGUGGUGGUUGAACAUAAUGUAAGUUACACACGGCUGGGGAACCAGGUCCCACAGAAUCAGCAUAAUCAUCAACAUAAUCAUCAACACCAUCCAAAUCACCUAGAUAACUCACGCAGACUACCGCAUUUGAACCGAUUUCGCAGCCAUUCAGAGGUGGAUGGUGUUCGAGAUGCUGAUGAUAAAGAUAGACCUCCUGGAGGUGGUUCUGGUGGUGCUGGAGGUAACGACGAAGAUGCAAGGUUUCUUCGUUUGGCCCACGAAGCGUUGGUGGCCACUACAGCUAAACUGGAUAUGCUAGUGGAUCCAACGAUAGAGGAUCUUCUUACCAGACUCCAGUACGCUUCGCUGCCGCAUGGAAACCCUAUCAAACGGUCCCAGAAUAUCACUGCCAACGAAAAUGGCCAGCUUAUGAUCCAGAAUUUUUACGAAGGGUUCCCCAACAUGAGCAACGAUAUCUUCACAGGCAACCAUAAUCAUCCGCUGAACGCCAACAACACAGGCUGGAACUUUUUGUUGGACGAGGAUAAAAGGAAAGAACAGCCGCCAGAGCUCCGCAGCCAGCGUGAAAAACCACCGCCACCGCAACCAGUGGAUUUGAAACUGGAGGCAGAGGACGAGGUGGCUCCGCUAGAUAGGAAAAAUAAGCCUCAGCGGAAGUUUCCUUGUCCCAACUGUGAUAUGCUGUUUCGUCGUAGCAGUGACUUGAAGCGUCAUGGCAAACAGCACUUGGAGAUCCCUGCUAAUAUUUGUCCUUCUUGUGGUAAAGGAUUUGCCAGGAAGGACGCUUUGAAGAGGCACAAGGGCACGCUUACUUGUAAAAGAAACGAACAGAAGGGCUUAUAUGAGCGGAACCUUCAAUACCUACGAGAGUAG